AAGUAGAUUUUAUUAAAUUCAUUAUCAACUAUAUCUACACGUAUCUAGAUCUAGAUCUAGAUAAUUUAAAAAAUGGCAUUUUUGCCAAGCACUGGUCAACAAAACAAACAAAAUGGAAGGCACCAGAGAUAGAGAACAGCUAUUGGCACUUAAAGUGAUGAGGCUGACCAAGCCAACUUUAAUGCCACAUCAGCCUCUCUUGACAGAGUCCAGAGAUCUAUGUGGUGAUGUUCUAAAUCGGCUGAAUGAUGCAGAAAUUGCCAGAACUCCGGGUCUGGGGAAUUUCCCACUAGGAAACCUUCUGACUCUCCCACAAAAUUUUGGCAACAUCUUCCUGGGUGAGACAUUCUCCAGUUAUAUCAGUGUACAUAAUGACAGCAGUCAACUUUGUAAGGAAAUCACACUCAAGGCUGACCUUCAGACUGGCUCCCAGAGACUGUCUCUAUCUUCAGUCAGUUCUCAGCCCAUCCCAGAGCUGCAGCCAGAUCACAGUAUUGAUGAUGUCAUACAUCAUGAAGUCAAGGAAUUGGGAACACACAUCUUGGUUUGUGCUGUUAGCUACAUGCUUACUUCAGGGGAAAGAAUGCAGUUUAGAAAGUUUUUUAAAUUUCAGGUUCUCAAACCACUGGAUGUCAAGACCAAGUUCUACAAUGCUGAGAAUGUGAAAGAUGUUCCACUGAUUACACUGCAGUCAGAUGAAGUCUACCUGGAAGCCCAGAUCCAGAACAUCACACCAGGACCCAUCUACAUGGAGCAUGUUAGUCUGGACCCAUCACAGCAGUACACAGCACUGGAGCUCAAUUCCAAAGAUGGAAAGUUUGAUCAUCCUGUGUUUGGAAUAAUGGACUGUCUGAGCCCCAAUGACACUAGACAGUACUUGUACUGCCUAACGCCCCGGCAAGAACUUUAUGCUGACACAAGAUUACUGAAAGGAGUGACCAACAUUGGUAAACUUGACAUUGUUUGGAAGACAACCAUGGGAGAAAGAGGACGUCUUCAAACUAGCCAGCUACAGAGAGUGGCACCAGGUUAUGGUGACAUUAGACUGACCGUUGAGAGUGUACCAGAUACCAUUGCUUUAGAAUCAACUUUUGACAUAGUCUGUAGAAUUACCAAUUGUUGUGAGAGAACAAUGGACCUAACUCUAGUCCUCCAGAAUAUAACUCAGUCUAGUGGACUGUUAUGGUGUGGUGUGUCAGGCCGACAGCUGGGCAAGCUUCCACAGAAUGAGAGUCUGGACAUCACAUUGUCCCUCAUUGCUGUCAUUCCAGGACUUCAGACAAUAUCAGGCCUGCGUCUAACAGACAACUUUUUAAAGAGAACCUAUGAACAUGAUGAAAUAUCUCAAAUCUUUGUGGUAUCAUCUCACACUUAAUAGGCCCACAUCCUAGGUGUAACAUUGACUUCUAGUUUGGCUUUCAGACAGUUAUUUAGUUUGAAAUAUGUUCAUACUUUGAUGAUUUUUUGUGUGUAGAUCUUGAUAUUAGUGUUAGCAUA